UAUAAGGGUCCCCAAAUGGGCCAAAUCCCUCUCCAUACACAUAUACCCGCCCACCACACAACUCCAAAAAAAACACCGAGACUUUCACUUUCAUCCUCAAACACAAACCAGAAAAAAAAUGGCAACCUCUGUGCGUGUCAAAGAGGCUGUUAUGGUCUCUCCCUGUGAGCCAACUCCAGCGCGUGUUCUCACUCUCUCAGCUAUCGACUCCCAGCUCUUCCUUCGCUUCACCAUCGAGUAUCUCUUCGUCUACAGGGCUCGCCCUGGUUUGGACCAUGGUGCCACCACGGCUUGUGUGAAGGCCGCGCUCGCCAAAGCCUUGGUGCCAUACUACCCUUUUGCUGGAAGAGUCAGGGCUAAGCCUGAUGGUUCGAGCCUCGAAGUGGUGUGUCGAGCCCAGGGUGCGCUGUUCAUUGAAGCCGCUUCUGAUAGAUUCUCAAUUACCGACUUCGAGAGGGCUCCAAAAUAUGUGACCCAGUGGAGGAAGCUACUUUCCCUCCACGUGGCGGACGUUCUCAAAGGGGCCCCACCUCUUGUGGUGCAGCUGACGUGGCUGAAGGACGGAGCAGCGGCGGUGGGUGUUGGAAUCAACCACUGUCUCUGUGAUGGAAUUGGUAGCGCCGAGUUUCUCAACUCGUUCGCUGAGUUGGCCUCUGGGAGACGCGGAGUACUACUCCCCGAGCCGAGACCAGUCUGGGAACGUCAACUUCUCGACCCAUUACCCGUAAGGCUUCCAUGCAGUAACUCAGUGACGACUCACCCCGAGUUCAACCGAGUCCCUGACCUCUGCGGCUUCUUGACUCGCUUCUCCAACGAGAGACUCGCCCCUACCUCAAUCACCUUCGAACAAAGGCAUCUCAACCAGCUCAAGAAUCUAGCUACUUCCACGAAUCCGCCGAGUAAUACUGAGUCAUCGUACACGUCGUUCGAGGUUCUUUCAGCACACGUGUGGAGGAGCUGGGCAAGAGCACUAAACUUGCCUUCAAACCAAGUUUUGAAGCUCCUUUUCAGCGUCAACUUUCGUGACCGAGUGAAGCCGAGUCUACCCAGUGGGUACUACGGCAACGCGUUUGUACUAGGGUGCGCGCAAACGAGCGUUAAAGAUCUCGUUGAAAAGGGGUUAGGAUAUGCCUCCGCGUUGGUUAGAAGCUCCAAAGAGAGAGUGGACACCGAAUACGUAAACAGGGUGGUGGAAUCGGUGAGUCAUUCAUCAGCGAGUCCGGACUCGGUGGGUGCUCUCAUUGUGUCGCAAUGGUCAAGGCUGGGGUUAGAAAAGGUUGACUUCGGCAUGGGAAGUCCGAAUCACGUGGGACCCAUUUGCUGUGAUAGAUACUGCUUGCUUUUGCCAGUCUCUGAUCAGAGGGACGCGGUGAAGGUGAUGGUUGCGGUUCCCACAAGUGCCGUUGACAAGUACAAUUAUUUGGCAAGGAGUCCAUACUCGUGAGGAGCACUGGAUUGUAACUCCCCCGUUGACUUCAUCGAUUCGUUUGACUUUUUUUUUUUUCUUUUUUCUUUAAUGUAAAUUGAUUCCCCAAGUCUAGUCCAAGGGAAGCAGUAGUUCCAUUCCAUUAUUUCCAUGAGCUUUUUUAUCUGCUUUUCGAAGGAACGUGGUUGUCGCCCCCCCAAAUUUUGCGUCUUUUAGUACGUAACGUGACCCUUCAAUAUCGUGAAUACCUCCCUGGGGCCUAGGCUUAGUUUAGCUUAUUAUCUAUCUUUGUUUAUU